UAACCUGUUAAGUAAAACUAACUGAUUUGUUUGAGAGACAAUUAAUUAGGUGUAAGUAAUUAAUAAUAUAAUGCAUUAAUUUCAAAUACAGUAUUCCUCCUGCGCGAGAUAAAUAUUUUAGUUAAAAACCAACCCAACGAUGUGGGACGAUGAGGAAUGGGAAAAGAAACCGAUUCAGGAAGGACUUCACAGACAUGCUGGAGAGCUUGUUUUGCAAACAUAUGGGAACUUUUUAGAAGAGUAUAGUUCACAACUUCAAGCCAUUCAAGAAGUAGUAUCCGUGAAUAAUGAACUAAAGUUUUACCCUGUUCAAAUUCAGAUUGAACCUGAAGAAAGUGGUCCAGUUACUGAUCUAGUAGACACAAACAACAAAAUACUAAACAAGGUUAUCAUCGUGUUUUCAACUCUUUGUUUAGAAGUGAGAGCACUUGAAGAAGAACUCAAUUCCCAGUACUUGGAUACUCUCUUGUACUAUGGUGAAGGAGUGGAUACAAACGCUCUGGAGGGACAACCUCAGCUGAUGAUAAGUAAACUCCUGCCUGUACUCCAAGAUCUGAUGAGUUUUGUGAAAAGAUGCUACCAAGUGGUCAACCAACUAGUUUUGCAGCUCAUAGCGUUCUAUGCUCUUGCAAAAGAAAACUCAAAAUCCCUUACACCAGCUGAUCUUCAUAUGCAAGAUGUACUAGAGCACACGGGGCAACUCCUGGUAAUGUUGGUCACACUGGAUGAAGUGCUGAUGAGUCAUAUGACCCUGAGGGACCAUUGGAACUGCUAUCAGCACUCGGUCAGCAAAGCAGUCCACGAAUCUGCAAGAUUCCAUGUUGACUCCGGCAAAACAAAGAUGCUUGGCAAAAUGCUAAAGCAAAUAAACUCUACACUUCUUAGUGGAACCAUCUUUCAGAAUGUCUUACAACUACCAUUUGAAAGAAAUGGUCCUGCUACAAAAAACUCUGAGCUAUCGGAAGAAAUGGAUAAGUACAUUAGGAGUGCUUUAAAUGAAGUAGAGACAAAGGUUUUGACAGAUCCAGAGGUCCAGAUGACGUGGGCCAGUGUUUGUACGUUAUACACAUUCUAUGUUCAUCUGUUUGGUUCCUCAGAUAAGAAGCUGUUCAAACAAUUCUGGGAAUUAAGUAAAAAAGUGCCGUCAGUAACUCUGAAUGGCAACAUAGUCUGGUUCCCGGAUCAGUUCUUAUGUCAACACCUGACACAUUUAUCUAAGAAGUUGGUGGAUAAGAAGGCUCAAGAAGCUGUAGUAAAUGCUAGGAUUAACUAUAUCCAAAUAUCUAGUUCCAAUCUGCCUAAACUUAUCUCCUCUUUCUCAUUCCAGGUUUUUGCAUGGAUCUUACAAAUGGAGUCAAUUUUGAAAAAAGACCUAGCAAAUUUCAAAGUUGAUGACAUAAAGGUUAUGUGCAAUUAUUAUCUGGAGGGUAUCCAACUGAGCUUGAAGAUGCACAAGCUGUUGACGAACCUGACAAAUCUACAUGGGUCAAUGGCCAAGCCCAUGACCAAGUCGUCAGUCAUUGGUCUCUGCCGCCUCGUGGAACUAGUCAAAACAGUCAGGGAGACAUAUCUUCGUAACCAGGCUGUGAUAGCUCGUAGUGUGGGACAUAUCAUUCAGCGACUCUCCUUUCAAGCUUUAUCCAUUAUAGCUGCAGCUAAGAAAGGCCUGAUGUCGGACAAGAAGUUUAGUGAAAAGCAUGUAGACAUGUUGUCAUCCCUAGUCCUAGCAGAGAAAUGCCUCAACGGUCCUCCUACACGAGAAAGACUGCUGGUCGCUCGGAUCGCAUUGUCUGUUGCUAACCAGAAACAAACAUUCCGAGAUGAAGACUUAACCUCACUCUCAGUCACGUUAGCGUCUCUUGCCAGAAUACCUCGCCUCAUUCACCGUUUAGAGCAAGCUACCAACUGCAACUUCCUUUACUGGCACCGUGUUAUUCUGCCUAUAUACUUCACCGCUCUUUACGAGUCCAAAGGCCAUCUUCAUGGGAUUAAGUAUAUUCUGGAGGCCAUAGAAGACAGUGUCAAGGAUAUGCACGGCAGUUUGCAGCCUCAAAUAAUGCGGCCUCUGGAUGGAGAGAUCACUCAGCAACUCAAUGCAAAGAUCUUGAAACCUUUAUGCGAAGAGAUUGAAACAAACCUCAGAUUGCAUGCCCAUGCUCAUCUGCAGUCCCAGGAAAUCUCCUUACCCUCCCUCAAAGCAGAUUGUAAGAACAUAAUGUCGUUACCCCCAGUGCUCCUCUUUUGCCGUCUCAUCCACCUCAAAGGCAAAGUUGGGAACUACUUGGAGCAUACUUUUUACGACUUAACAACAGUAGCUCUUCACGAUUGGAGAACAUAUGGUGAAAUGAGAUGCCUGGCUCAGCACAAGUACAGGAUAUCGACUGUAGAAGAUACUCUACCUAGCCAGACAUUGGAACAGGGAUUGGAUGUUUUGGAGAUAAUGAGGAAUAUUCAUAUAUUUGUCUCCAAGUACCAGUACAACCUCAACAACCAGAUAUUUAUAGAAUACUCCAGCAAUAACAAACAUCUCAACACCAUCAACAUCCGACACAUAGCCAACUCCAUCCGAACCCACGGCACUGGUAUCAUGAAUACCACGGUGAACUUCACAUACCAAUUCUUAAGAAAGAAACUGAUCACCUUCUCUCAGUUUCUUUAUGAUGAACAUAUCAAAUCUCGUUUGAUGAAGGACCUUUGCUUCUUCCGAGAUAACAAGGAACAGUUGGAUUCAAAAUAUUCCUAUGAGCGAGCGGAAAAGUUCAAUAGAGGAAUCCGUCGUCUUGGCGUCACUCCGGAUGGUCUGACCUAUCUUGAUCAGUUCAGGAUUUUAAUAACCCAAAUUGGUAACGCCAUGGGGUACGUACGCAUGAUAAGGUCUGGGGGUCUCCAUUGCUGCUCCAACGCCAUCCGCUACAUUCCUGACUUGGAGAACAUAGUCAGUCUAGAGGAGUUGACUAAGGAGGAGGGAUUGUCAGAGACCUGUGUACAAACUGCUGCUGCUCUAGACCAAGUCAUCACCAACAUGAGAAGAAAUCUGACUGAGGGCUCUGAAUACUUCAAGCUAUUGGUUGAUGUAUUUGCUCCUGUACUGAGAGACAAGAAGAACAGUCACUUAUGGAACUUCCACAUGAUUGUGCCUCCAUUGACGAUCAACUUUUGUGAGCACAUGAUAACAGCUAAGGAAAAGAUCAGCAAGAAGAGUAAAGUUGGUGCUUCCUUUACAGAUGACGGAUUUGCAAUGGGCAUUGCAUACGUGUUAAGUGUGCUCAACUUGAAUGCUGAGUUUGAGUCGCUCCACUGGUUCAAGUCCAUCAAGGACAAGUACAGCACGGAGCUGGCAAGUGUGGCCAAGCAGAAGCAGUUGUUGACUAAGGAGGAAGAGAAACUGCAGCAGACUCUCAAUCUGACUGCCAAGAGAUUGGAGAUAUACCACCAGGAGUUCCAGCUGCUCUUCUACAGCCUGAGCAGCGCUCAGGUGUUUUUCCAGAGGGACUUGACUCAGAGUCAAACUAAUCUUCCUCCAGGAGAAGAUAAAUCUAACCAAGACUCAUCAACCCAAAAGUAGCUAAUGUACCAUUAUCAUCGUAUGAAACAUAUACUACUACUAGUUAUUGCCUUGAUAAAAGUACAGCUGCGUACAUCUUGUUAUAAACCAAAUUUAGCUUUAAAAUAUUAUGUAUAUACAGAUUUUAUUUUUAGAAAAUGUAUAGUAUCGUUUAUAAAUAAAUCAUUUUGUAUUAUAUUGUUAAUCAGUGUUUAAAUUGUUAUGAAU